ACAAUGGAGAAAACAAGGAAAAAGAAAAGGUUGAAUCUAGAAAUUCAGAAAUGAGAAAUGAGCAGAGGCAAGCAACCUCCACUUACAACAAAGAGGUUGUGAGUUCGAGUUUAUCCAAGAGCAAGGUGGAAAGUUCUUGGAGGAAGUAUGUCGAGUUUCUAUUUGGAAACAGUCUCUCUACCACAGGGUAGGGAUAAAGUUUGCGUACAUAUGACCCCACUAAGUGGGAUUAUAUGGGUUGUUGUUGCUGUUGUGCGCUGGAUUCAAGAUGCCUGUACCAAACUGAAAUUUCCAAACUAGUAAUAUGAUGGAAACUCCUCCUCUUCCGAUCUCCAAUUCCAUGGCAGAAAACUCAAUCCAGUAGGCUCAGCUAGUAACCUGCUGCUGCUACUACGUCUCAUAUUCUUUCUUCUUUCAUCAACUAAUUGAUCUGCUCCAAAGAAGAUAACAGUGAUGUCGGCCAAAGAAAGCUUGGGUUUAGAGUACUGGCUUCAAUGGCAAGUUGCCGUGUGUGCUCUAAUCUUCAUCAUCCCUACUGCAGUAGCUUUGAGGCUCAUGAAUAGGCAGCGAAAGGACACAGAGUAUCCUACUAAGUCCACAGAUCUGUGGGUCCCAUGUUGGCGAAAUCUCCAUCCUCUUUGGCUUCUUUUCUUCAGAGCUUUCGCCUUUGUUGCCAUGUCCUUCUUGCUUUUUCAGACUGUUUCCAGCUUUGGCUUCUUCGACUUCUUCUUCUACACACAGUGGACGUUUGCUUUGGUUGGGGUCUAUUUUGCUGUAUGGACACAUAAUAUCAGUCUUCUCUUACAGCUCAAUUUUUAGUGAAUACUUGACAAGAGGGGUUGCUCCGAUGGUGAGUAACCCCCACUUCCAACCGAGAGGUUGUGAGUUCGAGUCUACCCAAGAGCAAGGU